AUGGUACGACAACAGCACGCGUACCAAGUAGAUGACCAUUUGAUGCUUUGCAUUCCGGCCAAAGACCGCAAAAACAAGUACAGAUACAUAGCCAACGGACCAUUCACAAUUGUGACUGUGCAAGAGUGA